UAUGAUAUGCUAUACACCACAAGUACAAAGACUAUUGGCCAAGUCAACUGCUUCCUGUAUGAUAAAUAGCACUGUAAGUGUUCAGUAGUUACACACUUCAAAAAGAAGAACGAUGAGGUGUAGACUGAAGGGAAGGUCACGUGCUGCAGCUCCUCCCCUCAAAAAGCAUUUCAGCCUGUCUGUCUAUCAGGCUGGGUUAUUUCGAUAUUCACUGAGUGGGGGAAUGAGCUGCAGUACGAUUAUGAAUCUACAGAAUCUACCACAGAAAAGUAAAUGGCAAGAUCUAACAGCUGAAGCUCACAUGUCCAAGGGGCAAAAAGAAUGGAAACAUACCCAGCUCUGCCACUAACAAAAAAGAAAAGCCAGGCUUAAAUAGGAUCAGCUCACCGUUUUGCUGCAAAGAAGAGGAAGCAACAAGAACAAAGCCCGAUACAAAGUCUCCAAAUGAAGACCAUGCUGGAAACAGAAGAAUCAUUUGAGAUUAUGGAUUUAAAGACGUUUACAGCGUCAUUUCCUGCAGACUGAACCAGAUGAAAAAACAGGACAGAAGGGACAACUUUAUCUUUAGGUGAAGAUGACAGCCAGCAGCACAGAGAAGAACUGCAACAUCAACGAUGAUUUUAAAUACAUUUUAUAUGCCACAGUUUUCAGCCUGGUCUUUAUACUAGGACUGAUCUUCAACAUGGUGACUUUGUACAUAUUCACUUGCACUCUCAAACAACGGAAUGAGACCACCAUUUAUAUGCUCAACUUGGCUGUAUCUGAUAUGCUCUUUGUACUCAGUCUCCCUUUCAGAAUCUUCUAUUUUAUCAACAAGCACUGGCCAUUUGCAGAUGCACUCUGCAAAAUCUCAGUUGCACUAUUCUACACAAACAUGUACAGUAGCAUCUUAUUCCUCACUUGUAUCUGUGCAGAUCGCUUUCUGGCAAUCGUUUACCCAUUUGCUUCCAGGUCACUGCGGACUAAAAGAAAAGCAAUAAUCGCCUGCUGUGUAAUCUGGCUCUUCGUGCUGUCAGGGAGCUUCUCGAUAGGAUUUCGAAUAGAGACAUCAGGAACCAACAGCACCACCAAUACCUCUGUCAAAUGCUUUGAAAAGUACAGCAAUGACCAAUGGAAGUCCACGUUAUCCAAAGUAGUAGCAUUCAUGGGGGUGGUGGGCUUUAUGAUUCCACUUCUGAUCAAUCUUUUCUGCUCCAUUAGGAUUGUUAGGAUCCUACGCAAUCCCAACACCGCUAAACAUGAAGGGCAGCUAAACAAGACCAAGGUCUUGCGAAUGAUCGUGGUGCAUUUACUCGUCUUCUGUUUUUGUUUCAUUCCUUAUAAUGUCAAUCUAGUCUUUUACACUUUAGUCCGGAGUAAAACCAUCGACAACUGCAGCGUGGAAACAGUAGUCAAGAUGUUUUACCCCAUUGCCUUUUGCAUUGCAGUGACCAACUGCUGCUUUGACCCGAUUAUUUACUACUUUACCUCAGAAACCUUUCAGAACACCAUCAAGCGCAAGUCUUAUGCUGCUCAGAGCAGCGUAAAGCACUGUGAUGGCACGGAAACCGAGUCAGCGAACAAGUCUUUAAGAGAGAAAUUCUUCAAUGAGUCAACAUUAUGAGGAAACAGAUAAUCAUCCGCCAGAAGAGUGGGGGAGAAAUGGCUAUUCUUCUCUGUCUUAAUUUUUUAUUGUGGUGCCAUGGAAGUGUUAACAAAUGUCUUUUAAAUGUUUGCUUACUUUAUGUUUUUGACUGAACAAAUACCGCUUGUACAAAUGUAUGUUGUGUGUCAGUAUAUCAGUAUGAUGACAAUAGGGAUGCCAUCUUAAGUACUCCCUUACAAUUCUAUUGGUACAGUCUAGAUUUUAGUAUUUAACAGAUAUGUAUCCACAAGUGACACUUUUUCUCUCUUUUUCUUUUUCUUUUUUUUAUCAAAUUUGCUGAGAAAAUGUUUGUCACACCAAAGUUAUCAAACCUGAUUAAUAAUUAUUUAUAAAAAAUUGGAUACUUGUAAUUUUAUAUAUAUUAUAUAAUAUAUAUAUAUAUAUAUAUAUAUAUAUAUAUAUAUAUAUAUAUAUAUAAAAUGAUAUAAUAAUUAUCUGCACGUGAGAUCUAGCUUACACUUCAUUUUUUAAAAUUUGUAAUGCUGCGUUCACAUGUUUGUGUUAGGACGAUGCCAAAUAGGAUAUUUCACUCUUUCCAUUCCACUGUUUUAACUGUAGGUUGAACUACAAAAAAAUAGCUUUAAGCCAAUCACAGGGUCUGAUAACAUUCUACAGUGAUGUUUUUCAGUUUUAUUUAUAAAUGUUCAAAAGCUUGGACUCCAAUUCCGCUGUACAGAUGUAUACAAUUAUUUUAUUACGAUGUUCGCAUUCUACUUCAUAGGUUUCAGAUCAUUUGUAUGAACCUGUAAAAAAUUAAGAAACUUUAGAUGCGUCCAGAAUAACAGAAUGAUGAACUCCUUUUUGAAAAGCGGUGAUAAAAUGUUAGGCAGAUUAAUUAUUAAUGAAAAUACUAUAAAUGAUAAUUACUGUAGAUCAUUUAAUGACUUUUGUUUUAAAAAAAAAUCUCAACAUACAUUCUGGUGUCCACCUUAGAGUAUUUGUGUAUACACUGUAAGCUAUUAUUAAAUAAACUAACAGGAAUUAUUAAGAAGACAAGUGAUCCCAAACUUUUGAACGGUUUAUGCAUGUGGAUAGAUGUUUUGGAGAUUUCGUUAUGCUACACAAAUAUAUGCCGGACAUACCCUUAAGGUGAAUGCUACAGAAAGAAGCAAAGUGUUUAGAGUCAGGCUUAGUGAUGAGAGCUGAAGCUGCAAAAAAUGCAAUGUGGCUAUAAAGUCAUUAAAAUAUGCUCCAGGCAAUUCUUUCACUGCACACCUAUGUGGUGUUUGCAUUGUCUGAUGCUUAUAAGCAAUAAUAUAAGCAAAUACAUAGUCAUAUGCAGAAGUCUGGGUGCCCCAGUCAAAUUAUAUUUUUAAUGAUUUUUGAAGUUAAAAAUUACAAAACCUCUACGGAGAACACACUUCUACACAUUUUAAUGCACAAUCACUGUUUAUUUGGUGGAUUAAACAUAUUGGGGGGAAAAACAGGGGCAAAGGUUAUGGCACAUUUUAUAUUUUUUCCAAUAUCUGAAUUUUAGUAAAUGAAUAGAAAUUGUGCAAACAUAUUUAAAUGCCAUAUUUAAGUUCCCGGUGAUAACUACUACUAUUAAGAUAACUACUGUAAACUUAUUUUCACUUUGGGGAA